AUAUAUAUCGCCGGAGCCGAGGGGCUCUGCCUUACUUUGUUCUUUUGUGCGGUUUGUCUCAGAGUUGCGAGUGAGGGUUGCUGAGAAUGGCCAGGACCAAGCAGACCGCCCGUAAAUCCACCGGUGGCAAAGCCCCCCGUAAGCAGUUGGCCACUAAAGCUGCUCGGAAGAGCGCGCCUGCGACUGGGGGAGUGAAGAAACCCCAUCGUUAUCGCCCCGGCACUGUAGCCCUGCGAGAGAUCCGCCGCUAUCAGAAAUCUACUGAGCUGCUCAUCCGCAAAUUGCCCUUCCAGCGCCUGGUCCGUGAAAUCGCCCAGGAUUUCAAGACCGAUUUGCGCUUCCAGAGCUCGGCUGUUAUGGCUCUGCAGGAGGCCAGCGAAGCCUACUUGGUGGGGCUCUUUGAAGAUACUAACCUGUGUGCUAUUCACGCCAAGAGAGUCACCAUCAUGCCCAAGGACAUCCAGUUAGCCCGGCGUAUUCGAGGCGAGAGAGCUUAAAAGCUUGAUUACACCCUCCAGCUUUUGGCAACUAGAAAACUAUUACGAAAGAUCCAAAGGCUCUUUUAAGAGCCACCACAUUCACAUUCAAA